UUUAUUUCCAACGAGACAGCGAACGUUUUGAUAUACAUCCCUCCUCCCACAAGACCCGGCAGAGAGGACUCGAGAGCUUUCUUCAUCUCUGCUUUCACAACUUCUCAUGCAAGAUUCAAGAAUGGAGAAAAUGGUUUCUCCAUUGUCGAUUCUCCUCUGCAUCUCGCUCGUUCUUCUGGCCGAGCCACGCUCAUCGGAUGCAGCGCCGCAGUCCAAGGGGUCUUUCGUCGACAACUUCGACAUAAUGUGGUCGGAGGAGCACUUCAAGACCUCCGCAGAUGGCCAGAUCUGGUACUUGUCUCUGGACAAAGAAACAGGUUGCGGGUUCCAAACGAAGCAGAGAUACCGAUUCGGGUGGUUCAGCAUGAAGCUCAAGCUCGUGGGAGGCGACUCGGCCGGAGUGGUCACUGCUUACUACAUGUGUUCGGAGAACGGGGCAGGGCCGGAGAGGGAUGAGCUGGACUUCGAGUUCUUGGGGAACCGGAGCGGGCAGCCGUAUCUGAUCCAGACCAACGUGUACAAGAACGGGACGGGCUCGCGCGAGAUGCGGCACAUGCUCUGGUUCGACCCGACCGAGGACUUCCACUCCUACUCCAUCCUCUGGAACAGCCACCAGAUUGUGUUCUUCGUCGACCAGGUGCCGGUCAGGGUGUUCAAGAACAACGGCGAGGCGAACAACUUCUUCCCCAACGAGAAGCCCAUGUACCUCUUCUCGAGUAUCUGGAACGCCGACGACUGGGCCACGAGGGGCGGCCUCGAGAAGACCGACUGGACCAAGGCGCCGUUCGUGUCCACCUACAAGGACUUCAGCUUCGACGGGUGCCAGUGGGAGGACCCCUUCCCGGCCUGCGUCUCGACGACGACCAAGAACUGGUGGGAUCAGUACAGCGCCUGGCACUUGUCCGAGGAUCAGAAGAAGGACUACGCCUGGGUCCAGCGGAACCUCGUCAUCUACGACUACUGCAAGGACACCCAGAGGUUCCCGACCUUGCCUUGGGAGUGCUCGCUCAGCCCUUGGGAUUGAUCGGCAAGAUCUGCUACAGCUAGUUUCGGAUCAUGCGGUCCAUCCAAUUUUCCUUAUUUAUUUUGACCAUCUGAUAUGUGUAAUUCGUUUUGUAAGUUCGCAUUAUUCAUUGAUUUCUAUUCAGUUAAUAGAUUCAGCACAAUAAAAUAAAACCCUCUUUCUUCUA